AUGGUGAAGCAAGAAAACAUUCAUAGGUUCCUGAGAAACUUCCAACAUCACAAUAUUUCCAGAGAUGGGAUUUCUUUUGAUGAAAAUGGAGUUGCUGUUGGUGACUUUGACAUCAUGCAGUGGACAUCAGUUUUGAACAAAUCAGACACCGGGAUGGUGCCUUAUUCAAGAUGCACAGAAAGUUGCUCCCCAGGUUAUGCCAAGCUUGUGAGAAAGGGAGCCCCAGUUUGCUGCUAUGAUUGUUCUCUGUGUAUGGAAGGAACCUUCUCUGGGCAAGAAGAUGCAGCUCAUUGUGAAAAGUGUCCAGAUGACCAGUAUUCCAAUAAGAAGCGAGAUCAGUGUGUCCCCAAAAAUAUAAGCUUCUUAUCCUAUGAAGAAUUGUUGGGACUCAUCCUGGCUUUCUUUGCCAUCGCUUUGUCCCUAACCACCGCCUUUAUUCUGGGAAUCUUCAUGAAAUACCGAGACACUCCCAUAGUCAAAGCCAACAACUGUGAACUCACCUACAUCCUCCUGGUUUCACUCCUGCUUUCUUUCUUGACCUCCCUUCUAUUCAUCGGUCGCCCCGUGAAAAUGACCUGUCUCCUUCGACAAACCAUUUUCAGUGUUGUUUUCUCUGUUGCUGUGUCUUCCUUGCUGGCCAAGACUGUCAUGGUGGUGGUGGCCUUUCUGGCCACAAAGCCAGGCAGCAGCCUGAGGAAAUGGCUGGGGAAGAGUCUGGCCAACUCUACUGUUUUAUCCUGCUCUGGUAUUCAAGUAGGCAUCUGUACGAUAUGGCUGGGAGUCUUUCCCCCAUUCCCAGAUUCUGACUUUCAUUCCCAACCAGAAGACAUCCUGCUGCAGUGCAAUGAAGGCUCUGUCGCCAUGUUCUACUCUGCUCUUGGCUACAUGGGUUUUUUGGCUGCCAUCUGUUUCUUGGUGGCAUUUGUGGCUCGAAAUUUGCCAGGGGCCUUCAAUGAAGCCAAACUGAUCACCUUCAGCAUGUUGGUGUUUUGUAGCGUUUGGAUCUCCUUUGUCCCCACUUACCUGAGCACCAAAGGAAAAUACAUGGUAGCCGUGCAGAUCUUCUCCAUCCUGGCCUCCGGCCUGGGUUUACUGGGCUGCAUCUUUAUCCCCAAAUGCUACAUUAUUAUCCUGAGACCUGCCAUGAACACCAAAGAACAUCUGAUGAUAAAAAAUCAUUAAGGUUCCUUGUGUUGGUGUUUAUUUUUGUGCAGUUUCCAUGCAGCAUAAAAUCACAUACUUUGAAGUAAUGUUUUAUGUGUUGUU